AGCAGCAUCUGGCUCAAGCCACUGGCCAGCGCCUGCGCGCACUCAGGCGAUUUGGCAGGCAGCGCACACCUCUGCGAUGACCGAGGCCGCGCGCGGCAUCUGCGCGCCGCCCGGGCUCGAGGCUCCGGCCGACUGGGACUCGCCCGGAGGCCUCGACCUGCCGCCCGGGCUCCCCGUGCCGCCCUCCGUGGGGCUGCUGGCUGGCCGGGAGGCCAUGUGCGCGCCCCCCGGCCUGGAGAAGGCGGCCGCGCGCGGGGGCGGCGCCCGGGCGGGGCGCACCAAGGCGUAUUCCUCCUGCAGCACCAGCGCAGCCAGCGUGACGACGGAGGAGCCGCCGCUGGAGGAGUCCGCCGCCGGCGCCGUGGCGGCGGCCUGCCUUCUGUCGGAGGAGGUAGAAGUGCACCAGGAGCAGUGGUCCGCCUACACCGCGACCAUUUCUGGCUUGCCCAACAAGUUGCUGACAGACGCCAUGUUCGAGGCCGUCCUCGAGCAGGCCACGCGAGGGCUGGUUGAACGAGGGGAUGGGCGGUCACCCAGAACUACUUGUUUGUGUUCGUUUGUUGUUUUUUCAGCCCCGUCGUUUUUCUUCGCUUCGGCACCCAGAAGCCGUUUCCCAGCCCUGGG